UUCUUUUCAUCUACCCAUUAUUCCUGUCUAGUUCGUUAUCAAACCGUCUUGUGUUUGUAGACGGCAGUUAAUUCCCACUCUACGCUCUUCAGAAAUGACCCCCUGUCACUUGAAUUUCUUGCACGCUGGAUUCUUUUUAAAUCACAGAGCAUUGUAAUCAUUUCCUGUUCCUUUUUGAGCUUUCUAUUAAUAUACUUCUCUGCGUGCUCAUCUAUCCGUCCGCCUAACUCCAGACUCUCUAGUCUCCUGUUUUUUGCUUUAGUUAUUUGUUUGUCCCCUUUCUUGACUUUUCCUCUGGGAAUUUCCUCCUCUCAUCUCCAACUAUUGUGGCUGUCAUGUGGUCCAACUUUUUUUUGCAACAGGAAGAUGACGGGAGAGUAGGUACGGCGGCUUUGGGUGGAGUUGGCGGUAAGGGCGGGCGUUCAGGUAAACGGCCAAAGCCCCCUCGAAUGAGUGACAGCCAGGAGGGCAAGAUCAAGCUGGCAUUUUUUGUCGCCCUCAUAGGCGUGACUCUGACGGUACUUGGCAUGGGUACAGAGUUCUGGGUGGAGUUAUCUCAGCCAAAACACUCCAGGAACAACCAGACAUGUGAGAUGGCACAUUACGGCCUUUGGAAAUUAUGCGUUCGCACGUUAUGGGUGUCAGAUAUUGACCCGGAGAGAGAGAGCUGUGGACCUGCAGAACUACCUGGAGAAUCAAACUGCACAUACUUUAAAUUCUACACUUCUGGAGAGAAUGCUGUCAUAUUUAAGAAAACAACAGAAAAACGUUUGCAUAUAGCUGGUGCAAUUUUGGCUUUGUUCAGUUUGUUUCUGAUGAUCAUGGGUUCUGUGUGUAUCACUAUGUCUCUCAGUAAGAGUGUGCCCUUCUUCCUCAAGCCUGCUACUAUCUGCUUCAUCUUCUCAGGUGUCCUGGUCUUCUUGUCCAUCAUAGUUUUCCACCAGUCUGUGCUGGCGUUAUUGGCAAGCGAUCACAGCAUCCCUCUCCAUCACCAGUUGUCCUGGUCAGUGGCAUGCCUUGGCUCGGCUGGGGCCAUUCUCAUUUUUGGAGGGCUUAUAUUCCUGUUGCUUUCCCUCCCCUACAACCCCCUGGAGAAAUGUUUUCCUCAGCAGAGCAGUAGUGAUGCCUAGCGGUCAGGGGGACUGCCCAUGAGUUAAGUAGCACAAGAUCUUUUAUACUCUUAUGCUGUUUGUGGAGAUUAACUGAUGUUAUAAAGGACUCUCAAAAGCUAAUGUUCAUAAUGUUUUGCAAUAACUAGCAUUAGUUUGCUUAUCAAUAAGAUUAUAGACUUUAAUGCUCAUACACCGACUCUGAAAUUUGAACUGAUAUUUCUAUGAUGGUUAUGUACAUAAAAUCAGUGACCAACAGAUCUGUUUACUGUCUUUAAAGGCUUCAUUUACACAACACGUUGUGCUAUUAUGCAUUGUCCCUGUGCAUUGGUAUAAGAAACCUUAUUUGAUUACUAGGCAUAUAAUACUGAAUUAUCAGGUAUCUGUGGUUUGAAAGUGUACUUUUUUUUUUUUUUUAAAUAGGCCAUCCUAUCAUUGCUAAAGUCCUGUUCACACCAAGUGUCAUUAGUGUCAGAUAACGUUCUGCUUAUUAUAAGAGCACGCUGCAGUUUUGUCGUACGCCGCCUUAAAUGCUUGAGCUCUUUAAAGUUGAGUGGAUUCUGACUGGCUGUCAGUGUUUUUAUC